CGAGCUGCGAACCUGUCCUACCAUAACAUCAGUGUGCAGACCGAGGAGCACACAGGGGGGCUGACGACCUUGUUUCUGGACACUUUUUGUAAGGGGAAGAGCGACUUUUCUCGGAUCUUCUGACCUGUCUGUGUUCGCCACAAACUGACUGACGAACACACCUGCUGUCAGGGGAACAAUGAGGGUCCCGAUAACGUGCACUCUGCUUCUCCUGUGGCCGCUGUUGGGCUCCUGUCUCCCGGCGCGCACCUCCGAGCAGACCAGGCUGGUCUUCGUGGAGCGCUUAAACCACCCAAAUGUCGGAUUUAACUGGAAAAAUGUCACCUGCCCCAUGUGCAAAGUUAUCUUCACCAUCCUUGACAUCGCCCUCCUGAGUGAUGUCAAUGAGGAGCGGGUGGCAAAAGCAGUAGGUGAGGCGUGUAUCCGCCUUCAUCUGGCCGACGAGCAGGUCUGUCGACAAAUAACCGAACUGUUCAGGGACGACUUCAUCCGGGCUCUGCAGGAGUCCUUGCUGUGGCCCUCUGAAGCGUGUGCCAUUCUGGUGGGGCCUUCCUGCGGGAAAUUUGACAUCUAUGCACCCUGGAACAUCAGCUUGCCCAAGGUUCCUAAACCACCUGUUACACCACCCUCCCCUCCCAAACCAGGUUCUCCACAGAGCCGGGUCCUGUUCCUAACAGACAUUCAUUGGGACAAGGAGUAUGACGUUGGCAGCAGCGCAGACUGUAAGGACCCUCUGUGCUGUCGUAAUGACUCGGGCUCUUCCAGGUGGAGACGGAGGGAGGCUGGUUACUGGGGAACCUACAGUAAGUGCGACCUGCCUCUGUGGACUGUGGAGAACCUCUUGGAGAACGCUGCCAAAGCCGGUCCCUGGGACUGGGUGUAUUGGACCGGAGACAUUCCUGCGCACAAUGUUUGGUCCCAGACCAGGAAACAGCAGCUGUCAGAGCUGACAAUCAUCACCAGGCUCAUCCACAAACACCUGGGACCUAAUGUGACGGUUUACCCUGCCAUAGGAAACCAUGAGAGUACGCCAGUGAACAGCUUUCCACCACCGUUUAUUCAUGGCAACAGAUCCUGCUCCUGGCUCUUUGAUACAAUGGCUGAAGAAUGGGCACCAUGGCUGCCGGAGCAGGCUUUGAAGACUUUGAGGUAUGGAGGAUUCUUCACAGUUGAGGUCCAGCCCGGUUUAAGGGUGGUCUCCCUCAACAUGAACUUUUGUGCUCGAGAGAACUUCUGGCUGAUGGUGAACUCUACAGAUCCUGCCAACCAGCUGCAGUGGCUUGUCCAUAUUCUCCAGGACAGUGAGGACAAGGGAGAGAAGGUUCAUAUCAUUGGUCACAUCCCACCAGGACUGUGUCUUGGCAGCUGGAGCUGGAACUACUAUCAUAUUGUUAACAGGUAUGAAAGUACCAUUUCUGGACAGUUUUUUGGACAUACACACAUGGAUGAGUUCCAGAUGUUUUAUGACGAGGCGACAAUGUCCCGCCCAUUGGGAGUGGCAUUUAUUGCGCCUAGUGUCACCACUUAUGUAAAUCUAAACCCAGGUUACCGUGUCUACUAUGUAGAUGGGAGCUACAAAGGCAGCUCUCGGCUGGUUUUAGACCAUGAAACCUACAUCCUGAACCUGACAGAGGCCAACCACAGUCCAGGAGAGAAAGGUGGCCCAGAACAGAACCCCACGUGGACACUGCUGUACCGUGCCACUGAGGCCUACGGUCUGACCACUCUGUUUCCGUCUGACUGUGACGGCCUAAUGCAGACAUUUCUCAAAGAUGACAAGAUCUUCCAGAAGUUCUGGUACUUACGACAUAAAGGACAUGUUUCAGAGCCCUGCCAUGAGACAUGCAAAACCACAACACUGUGCUUUUUGCGGAGCGGGCGUUACGAUGAGCUCGAGCAGUGUGACCUCGCCCAUGGUUUCGGGGGAGACUUAGCCCGGGCUGCCAGAAAAACUCUUUGUUGACCUUCAUACAGAAGUUUGGACAAAGUGAAUGGGUGAGGUUAGAGCAAUUAGACCAAAUAUAAAAUUGAACCAAAAUUUCUGUUGCUGAUGGGUCUGAUUGGUUGGUAUUUGUUGGGUAACAUUAAGUCACUUUAUUGAACUUUGCAUUGAGUCCAAAAAGUUCUGCCUUUUUAUCAGUCAUGUCUUUAAACAGACAUUUGUGACUGGAAUUUACAGCAUGCCUUCUGUUUGUUAACUGCUGUUUUGCAAUGCCAGUUGUGUAAAGACAGCUUCAAUGAUGUUCUGUUUACUUGUUGAAAGUUGUUGAGAUUUUGGCAGUUCUUCUGUCCUGGGUGCCUUGUUUAAGGGAGAGUAAUGUUUAUAUCAAUCCAAUAUCAUUUUGCAAACUGCUCUACAGAAAAGCACUCCAUCUUGUUGAGGGAAUUAGGAUUGAUUCCAUAAAAUUUGGGGUUCGCUCUGAAUUACAGAUCACUGUUACACUGUCAUAUUCGCUGGGAUUUAAGGUUUGUUUAAUGAUGCAAUCGUCUGAUACUGAAUCUUGGAAGAUUAUUGGACAUCAGUCAUGACCUCAGGUAUGAACUUUUGUAGGGUUACCAUAUGGCACACAAUACUUUUGUCAGUCUCUUAUCUGCAUCGUAGUUGAAUUUGUGGUCACUUAAGUUUGUAAAUAAUCUCUCAUGAUGUACAGCACCAUCUGCCUCAGCAAAAAAGGUCUUCACACCUGGAAAAACAGUAUUUCUCUCUGAGGUUUACUUCUGUCUGCACUUUAAGUUUUUGUUUGCUCGUUUAUAAAUGAGUUAAUAGAGAACAUGUUUGGUAAGCCCAAGCUGUGACACACAGGAAGUUUCACAUAUCUUUGUCUGAUACCUGAGAACUUACUGCAACUUGUAAAAAAUGAGAAAUAAUUUAAAGAGAUUGUGAAUUAAAGUAAUAAUCUGAUGCUUAUAUA